AUGCAGGAUGAAGAUUUGGGCUACACAGACAACGUCCAACAUGAGAUACCUGUAUUGGAUGAGGUCCCCAUUAACCAGCCUUACAGAAGGAUCCCACCAAAUCAGUAUAAAGAGAGCAGACUCACAGAUGUCGGAGUCUUCAGACCUCUCUCUGCUCUUGUCCUCACGUCUCCUCUGACCCGCUGUCCGCCUGAUGGAUGCGCCGUGUGUGAGCGCCACUGUCCCGACCCGACCCCCUCCUCCCCCACCUCACCCCGACACGCCCGCACUCGGGACACCUCUCCUCUUCCACCCAACCCCCACCCCAAACCCACGGGCAGCCGAGCACAGGUGCAUGACAUGUCCUUCAGUCUGCUCCACACCAUCCAUCAGAAGAGGAAAGGUCACACUCUGUCAGUCCACUUCAAAUACACAGGAUAUGACCUCCCUGACCUGUGUCCCUGUGCUCACCUGUGUCCCUGUGGUGUCCCUGUGCUCACCUGUGUCCCUGUGGUGUCCCUGUGCUCACCUGUGUCCCUGUGCUCACCUGUGUCUCUGUGCUCACCUGUGUCCCUGUGCUCACCUGUGUCCCUGUGCUCACCUGUGUCCCUGUGGUGUCCCUGUGCUCCCCUGUGUCUCUGUGCUCACCUGUGUCCCUGUGCUCACCUGUGUCCCUGUGCUCACCUGUGUCCCUGUGGUGUCCCUGUGCUCACCUGUGUCCCUGUGGUGUCCCUGUGCUCACCUGUGUCCCUGUGCUCACCUGUGUCCCUGUGGUGUCCCUGUGCUCACCUGUGUCCCUGUGGUGUCCCUGUGCUCACCUGUGUCCCUGUGGUGUCCCUGUGCUCACCUGUGUCCCUGUGGUGUCCCUGUGGUGUCCCUGUGCUCACCUGUGUCCCUGUGAUGUCCCUGUGCUCCCCUGUGUCUCUGUGCUCACCUGUGUCCCUGUGCUCACCUGUGUCUCUGUGCUCACCUGUGUCCCUGUGCUCACCUGUGUCUCUGUGCUCCCCUGUGUCCCUGUGCUCACCUGUGUCCCUGUGCUCACCUGUGUCCCUGUGCUCCCCUGUGUCCCUGUGCUCACCUGUGUCUCUGUGCUCACCUGUGUCCCUGUGGUGUCCCUGUGCUCACCUGUGUCCCUGUGGUGUCCCUGUGCUCACCUGUGUCCCUGUGCUCCCCUGUGUCCCUGUGCUCACCUGUGUCCCUGUCCUCCCCUGUGUCCCUGUGCUCACCUGUGUCCCUGUACUCCCCUGUGUCCCUGUGCUCACCUGUGUCCCUGUGCUCCCCUGUGUCCCUGUGCUCCCCUGUGUCCCCGUGCUCCCCUGUGUCCCUGUGCUCACCUGUGUCCCUGUGCUCACCUGUGUCUCUGUGCUCACCUGUGUCUCUGUGCUCACCUGUGUCUCUGUGCUCACCUGUGUCUCUGUGGUGUCCCUGUGCUCCCCUGUGUCCCUGUGCUCACCUGUGUCUCUGUGCUCCCCUGUGUCCCUGUGCUCACCUGUGUCCUGUGCUCCCCUGUGUCCCUGUGCUCCCCUGUGUCCCUGUGCUCACCUGUGUCCUGUGCUCCCCUGUGUCCCUGUGCUCACCUGUGUCCCUGUACUCCCCUGUGUCCCUGUGCUCACCUGUGUCCCUGUGCUCACCUGUGUCCCUGUGCUCCCCUGUGUCCCUGUGCUCACCUGUGUCCCUGUACUCCCCUGUGUCCCUGUGCUCACCUGUGUCUCUGUGCUCACCUGUGUCUCUGUGCUCCCCUGUGUCCCUGUGCUCACCUGUGUCUCUGUGCUCACCUGUGUCCCUGUGCUCCCCUGUGUCCCUGUGGUGUCCCUGUGCUCACCUGUGUCUCUGUGCUCACCUGUGUCUCUGUGCUCACCUGUGUCCCUGUGCUCACCUGUGUCUCUGUGCUCACCUGUGUCCCUGUGGUGUCCCUGUGCUCACCUGUGUCCCUGUGGUGUCCCUGUGCUCACCUGUGUCCCUGUGGUGUCCCUGUGCUCACCUGUGUCCCUGUGCUCCCCUGUGUCUCUGUGCUCACCUGUGUCCCUGUGCUCACCUGUGUCUCUGUGCUCACCUGUGUCCCUGUGCUCACCUGUGUCUCUGUGCUCACCUGUGUCUCUGUGGUGUCCCUGUGCUCCCCUGUGUCCCUGUGCUCAUCUGUGUCCUGUGCUCCCCUGUGUCCCUGUGCUCCCCUGUGUCCCUGUGCUCCCCUGUGUCCCUGUGCUCACCUGUGUCCUGUGCUCCCCUGUGUCCCUGUGCUCACCUGUGUCCCUGUACUCCCCUGUGUCCCUGUGCUCCCCUGUGUCCCUGUACUCCCCUGUGUCCCUGUGCUCCCCUGUGUCCCUGUGCUCACCUGUGUCCCUGUGCUCAUCUGUGUCCCUGUGCUCACCUGUGUCCCUGUGCUCACCUGUGUCCCUGUACUCCCCUGUGUCCCUGUGCUCCCCUGUGUCCCUGUGCUCACCUGUGUCCCUGUACUCCCCUGUGUCCCUGUGCUCACCUGUGUCUCUGUGCUCCCCUGUGUCCCUGUGCUCCCCUGUGUCCCUGUGCUCACCUGUGUCUCUGUGCUCACCUGUGUCUCUGUGCUCCCCUGUGUCCCUGUGCUCCCCUGUGUCCCUGUGCUCACCUGUGUCCCUGUACUCCCCUGUGUCCCUGUGCUCACCUGUGUCUCUGUGCUCACCUGUGUCUCUGUGCUCCCCUGUGUCCCUGUGCUCCCCUGUGUCCCUGUGCUCACCUGUGUCCCUGUGCUCCCCUGUGUCCCUGUGCUCACCUGUGUCCCUGUGCUUCCAGAGCCUCAGCUGA